AUGCGCGCCGCGACGGUCAGAAACGGGGUGAAAAAGCGGCGCUCGGAGCGCGGCGGGGCGGCGGUUCCGGAGGACUCCGCGCCACGUGGGUUCCAUUUAACCGCACGACUCCGAUGCGCCUUGUUGCACGCUUUAUUGAAGCCCUGAGGAGCUGCCAGCCACCAACUAAAGACUCCAAGAGACUCAGUAUGGCCAACGGGAGCUGGGCCACAGAUCGAGAACAGCUCCUGAGGAGGGUGCAGGACCUGGAGGAGGAGGUGAAGCAGCUGCAGGAGAAGCUGUCGGAGGGCAAGGAGGGCGCUGCAGUGAAGGACACCCCUUCAACCUCCAGGAAAUCCAAGAAGCAGCAGCAGCGGCCAUUUGAUUUCAGUGCCCACGGCCGCAGACACGUGGCUCUGAGGAUCGCCUACCUCGGCUGGGGGUACCAAGGCUUUGCCAGCCAGGAGAACACCAGCAACACGAUUGAAGAGAAGCUGUUUGAAGCCCUGAAGAAGACACGGCUGGUAGAUAGCAGGCAGACCUCCAACUAUCACCGCUGUGGGCGGACAGACAAAGGAGUCAGUGCCUUUGGACAGGUGAUUUCCCUAGAUCUUCGCUCUAACCUCUCGGAGGAAAGGAAGCUAAAUGGCUGCACGGGUGACUCGGAGGGAAGAAGCAGUAAACCCGAGGAAGAGCUGCGCUACACCCACAUCCUGAACAGGGUGCUCCCACCUGACAUCCGUGUGCUGGCCUGGGCGCCCGUGGAGCCAGACUUCAGCGCCCGGUUCAGCUGUCUCAAGAGGACCUACCGCUACUUCUUCCCCUGCGCAGGCCUGGACGUGGCCCUCAUGCAGGCUGCAGCCCAGCGCUACGUGGGGACGCACGACUUCCGGAACCUCUGCAAAAUGGACGUGGCCAAUGGCGUCAUCAACUUCCAGAGAACAAUUCUCAGCGCCCAGGUAACGUGGGUGGAUGGGGGAGCUGAAGGUGGCCUGCGGGACCCUUUCCGGCUGUGCCAGUUCGAGGUGACGGGACAGGCGUUCCUCUACCACCAAGUGCGCUGCAUGAUGGCCAUCCUCUUCCUGAUCGGACAGAGGAUGGAGGGCCCAGAGAUCAUCGAUGAGCUGCUGGACGUGGAGAAGAACCCUCGAAAACCACAGUACAGUAUGGCUGUGGAGUUCCCCCUGGUCCUGUAUGACUGUGAGUUUGAGAACAUCCAGUGGCAUUAUGACCGGGAAGUGCAGGAGUUCAAUGUUACCCACCUGCAGCAGCUCUGGGCCAGCUACGCCGUCAAGACUCAAGUGCUGCACAACAUGUUACGAGGUCUGGACGCUGCUCCCGUGGCUGCAGGGAAAGACCCAGGGAACGCCGCCCCUGUGCUCUGGGGAGACCUGAAGCCUCCGGUGCACAACCAGGCCAGCAGCUUUGUGGAAGGCGUCCGCGCUCGCGCCUACAAACCGCUGCUGGAGCGGCCGCGGUGCGAGGGGCUGGAGUCCCGCAUCCAGCAGUGCCUGCGCAGGGGCCGCGGCCAGGCCGAGCGGGCGGCCAAACGGCUGCGCACGGGGGAGGGGCCGGGGGGGGGCUCCUGA